GACUGCCUCUGGGCCCUCUGGCAAGAUUGGUCUGCCUGCUCCAAGUCCUGCGGUGGUGGCGAGAAGCAGCGCUCCAGAAGCAUCGCCAUCGAAGCGUCCCGGGGCGGCGCGGGUUGCGAGGGUGUCUUCGAGGACUUUGAGCUCUGUGACCAGGAGCUUUGCCCGACCUUUGGGCAAGACUGCGAGUUCGGGCCGUGGACGCCCUGGUCCGACUGCUCGGCCACGUGCCACGGCCACCACAAGCGGGCACGCAACAUCGCGGUGCGGAAGCAGCUCGGUGGGAAGCCCUGCAGGGGGAGCUUGGAGGACACGCGGCCAUGCAACGUGCACAUUAGCUGCGGUGUCAUGUCCGUGGAUUGCCGCUACUCCCAUUGGCUCCCUUGGAGCGACUGCACCAGGACUUGUGGAGGGGGUCUCCGACAUCGGCGCCGCAGCAUCGAGCAGCACGCAGAAGGGAUGGGCCGCCAGUGCGACGGCAGCUUGGAGCAG